AUGGCGGACGAGGAGGGCGAAGCGCGGCCGGGGGCGCGGAACGGGGCCGGGGAGGGACCCCCGGGCGGGCCCCGCGUCGUCCGCAUCGUCAAGUCCGAGUCUGGUUAUGGCUUUAACGUCCGCGGGCAAGUGAGCGAAGGCGGGCAGCUGCGCAGCAUCAACGGCGAGCUGUACGCGCCGCUGCAGCACGUCAGCGCCGUGCUGGGCGGAGGGGCCGCCGACCGCGCCGGGGUGCGCAAGGGGGACCGCAUCCUGGAGGUGAACGGCGUGAACGUGGAAGGAGCCACGCACAAGCAGGUGGUGGAUCUGAUCCGCGCCGGGGAGAAGGAGCUGGUGCUCACGGUGCUCUCGGUGCCGCCACACGAGGCCGAGAGCCUGGAGCCUCCCGAGGAGCCGCUGGGGCCGCCCUUCUACGACUACAGCGAGAAACAGGCGGUGCCCAUCUCCAUCCCCACCUACAAACAUGUGGAGCAGAGCGGAGAGAAGUUCGUGGUGUACAACGUGUACAUGGCCGGGCGGCAGCUGUGCUCCAAGCGCUACCGGGAAUUCGCCAUCCUGCACCAGAACCUGAAGCGGGAAUUCGCCAAUUUCACCUUCCCGCGCCUCCCCGGGAAGUGGCCGUUCUCGCUGUCCGAGCAGCAGCUGGACGCCCGCAGGAGGGGCCUGGAGGAGUACCUGGAGAAGGUGUGCUCCAUCCGGGUCAUCGGCGAGAGCGACAUCAUGCAGGAAUUCCUGUCGGAGUCAGACGAGAAUUACAACGGCGUCUCCGACGUGGAGCUGCGGGUGGCGCUCCCGGACGUCACCACGGUGACGGUCAGGGUGAAGAAGAACAGCACCACGGACCAGGUGUACCAGGCGGUGGCUGCCAAGGUGGGCAUGGACAGCGUCACCGCCAACUACUUCGCCCUCUUCGAGGUCAUCAACCACUCCUUCGUGCGGAAGCUGGCUCCCAACGAGUUUCCCCACAAGCUGUACGUGCAGAAUUACACGUCGGCGGUGCCGGGGACGUGCCUGACGCUGCGCAAGUGGCUCUUCACCACCGAGGAGGAGGCGCUGCUCAACGACAACGACCUGGCCGUCGCCUACUUCUUCCACCAGGCCGUUGAUGACGUCAAGAAAGGCUACAUCAAAGCCGAGGAGAAAUCCUACCAGCUCCAGAAGCUCUGCGAGCAGAGGAAGAUGGUCAUGUACCUGACGAUGCUGCGCUCGUGCGAGGGGUACAACGAGAUCACGUUCCCGCACUGCUCGUGCGACUCGCGGCGCCGCGGCCACGUCAUCUCUGCCAUCAGCAUCCGCCACUUCAAACUGCACGCCUGCACCGAGGAGGGGCAGCUCGAGAACCAGGUGAUCGCCUUCGAGUGGGAGGAGAUGCAGCGCUGGGACACGGACGAGGAGGGGAUGGCGUUCUGCUUCGAGUACGCGCGCGCCGAGCGCAAACCGCGCUGGGUCAAGAUCUUCACCCCCUACUUCAAUUACAUGCACGAGUGCUUCGAGCGAGUGUUCUGCGAGCUCAAGUGGAGGAAGGAGAACCUUUUCCAUCUGGUCCGGUCACAGCAAAGGGACGCGGCCACUUAACCCCGGCAGCUUUUCCAUCAAUCCCAAAAAAUCCCGCUCUUGUAUUAAAGCCCCUCCCCCAACUAAAUCUCAUGAAUUCCAAAUCCAUUCGUGCCCAUCAUCCCUACGGAAUUCCGGAAAAAAAACAAAACCUGGGAAAAGCCACCUCAGGGGGGGCUCCUUUUUCCCGCUCGGAUCCGGCUCCAGGCUGGCAAUUCUGGGAAUUUUUUAUUUUCAUUUUAAACAACUGGAAUUAAAAAAAUCGUUGUUGUGUGGGGAGGGAGAAAAAAGAAAAAGCAGGAAAAUUCCUUGGGAAUGUUCCAUCCCUGCCUGGCGUCCGUGGGAAGAAUUCCUUGGGAAUGCCAAGGGCCGGGAGCGGAUUUUUAAUGGGAUUUUCCGCCCGUUUUUCCUCCCAAAUCCGGGAAAAACGUCCAAAAGGAGCAAAAUUCCAGGGAAAAACUCCCGGCGCGAGGAUCCCGCUGACGGAUUCGCUUCCCCCGCUUCCUUGGGGAAUUUGGGAAUUUGUUUUUCCCAGGGAUUGGGGGAUCCCUGGAUGGGGAUGAGCAGAUCCCGGGAGGGGAAAAAAAAAAAACCUGGAAAAGCCGAUUUUCCCGAUUUUUGAGCACUUUUUAUCCAUGGUUUAUCCAAGCAGGAAAAAUCACCUGGAAAAGCUGUUUUUCCAUGGAUUUUUCCGUGUUUUGGGAGGAAAAAUCACCUGGAAAAUCCAUUUUU